AGGCGCGUCCGUUGCUCCGGCGACACCUGAAGGGGCAGGCCGGUCGGCUGCAUGGGCGGAGCUGAGGUCCCUGCCGCGACUGGAGAGGGAGCGGAGAGGGGGCGUCCUGCGCGGGGUCUGAGUGGGCGGGGCUCUGUCGCCGGAGUAACCGGCUGGCGACCGUGGUGAUGCUGUCUUCCUGUCGCCACGGCGGGUUCCCCGUGCUGAGAUCCUGAAGCCAUGAAUUAUAGUGAGAGAUUCGUUUUCAUUGCAGAAUGGUAUGAUCCCAAUGCUUCACUUCUUCGUCGUUAUGAGCUUUUGUUUUACCCGGGGGAUGGAUCUGUUGAAAUGCAUGAUGUGAAGAAUCAUCGCACCUUUUUAAAGCGAACCAAAUAUGAUGACCUGCGCUUAGAAGAUUUAUUUAUAGGCAACAAAGUAAAUGUCUUUUCUCGACAACUAGUAUUAAUUGACUAUGGUGACCAAUAUACAGCUCGUCAACUGGGUAGCAGGAAAGAAAAAACAUUAGCCCUGAUUAAACCAGAUGCAGUAACAAAGGCUGGAGAAAUAAUUGAAAUAAUAAACAAAGCUGGAUUUACUAUAACCAAACUUAAAAUGAUGAUGCUUUCCAGGAAGGAAGCAACCGAUUUUCAUGUUGACCACCAAUCAAGGCCCUUUUAUAAUGAGAUGAUCCAGUUUAUUACAAGUGGUCCCGUUAUUGCCAUGGAACUUUUAAGAGAUGAUGCAAUAUGUGAAUGGAAAAGACUGCUUGGACCUGCAAACUCUGGGGUGGCUCGUUCAGAUGCACCUGGAAGCAUUAGAGCACUUUUUGGAACAGAUGGCAUAAGGAAUGCAGCUCAUGGCCCAGAUUCUUUUGCUUCUGCUGCCAGAGAAAUGGAAUUGUUUUUCCCUUCGAGUGGAGGUUGUGGGCCAGCGAACACUGCUAAGUUUACCAGUUGUACCUGCUGCAUCGUCAAGCCUCAUGCUGUCAGUGAAGGACUGUUGGGAAAGAUCCUGAUGGCUAUUCGAGAUGCAUGUUUUGAAAUCUCAGCUAUUCAAAUGUUCAAUAUGGAUCGGGUUAAUGUUGAAGAAUUCUAUGAAGUUUAUAAAGGUGUAGUAAGUGAGUAUAAUGAGAUGGUGACCGAAUUGUAUUCUGGCCCUUGUGUAGCAAUGGAGAUUCAACAGAAUAAUUCUACGAAGACAUUUCGAGAAUUCUGUGGACCCACAGAUCCUGAAAUUGCCCGGCAUUUACGCCCUGGAACCCUUAGGGCAAUCUUCGGUAAAACUAAGAUCCAAAAUGCUGUUCACUGUACCGAUCUGCCAGAGGAUGGCCUGUUAGAGGUGCAGUACUUCUUCAAGAUCUUGGAUAACUAACAGUACAGAAAGGACAGAAGUCAGACUAGGGUGUUUAGACGACAGUGAUCACGCACAUGAGGGAUGUGUUCAUUCUUUUAUUGUCCGUUGUUUUAACCUGACUGAUACAAGAUCAACAAGAGCACUGUACUCCUGGCGAUUAUUACAUAUGUUAGAACAUGGAUUUGCACUGUAGACAACAUUUAACACCAGUCUAUGGGGUACUGCAUUGCUUUUUAUAAAGUUCAAAAUAAAGAUUUAUUUUCAAACAAG